CGCAGAAAUGACAGAAAUCGAUCGCUUUUGCUGGCAGUACCUCCAACUCGAGCAACGACUCGACUAUCCACCUCGGGAGUUGAUUCGCACAGAAGAAUGCCAGUCGCAGUUGUUUGCGCGCCUCUUUGCGCCGGGAGCUCUGCCCCACCCGCCUCCGCAACGGUACCAACUCCGGGUGCUCAAGGAGCUGGUCGGCUGGAUCGAGGCCAGCAUUGAAGACUGGGACGAGCAUGGCAUCUCAGACGACCUAGCAACGGCCUUGACGGCGCUCAUGUCCCAGCCAACCCCGUCAGAGGCUACAGCUGCGCAGCAAAAGAGCUACGUGACUUAUCACCUCUCCCUGCUCGACCAGCCCGGCAGCAGCAGCAGCAAAAGCAUCACGCUCCUCGAGAAUCGCCACCUCAUCGCCGCAUCCGGCACGACGGGCCUGCGCACCUGGGAAGCGGCGCUGCACCUGGGCCAGUACCUAUGCCUGCACGCAGACGCUCUCGUGUCCGGCCGCCGCGUGCUGGAGCUGGGCGCCGGCACCGGAUACCUGUCCAUGCUGUGCGCGGCGCACCUCGGGGCGGCGCACGUGGUGGCCUCGGACGGCAGCGACGACGUCGUGGCGAACCUGCCCGAGGGCGCGUUUCUCAACGGCCUCCAACAGGAGGGUGAUGCUGCUGCUGCUGGUGGUACUGCCAAAAAGGUAGCAACAGCAGCGGUGGUGCAGCCCAUGGAUCUCAAGUGGGGCCACGCGCUGGUCGGGACCGAGGACGACCGGUGGAACGGCGGAGAGCCGGUCGAUCUCGUGCUGGGCGCCGACGUCACCUACGACGCGGCCCUCGCCGCGCCCCUGCUGGGCACCAUCGCCGACCUCGUCGGCAUGUUCCCCGCCGUGCAGGUGCUCAUCGCCGCGACCGAGCGCAACAGCGCCACCUACGCGGCGUUUCUCGACGCCGUCCACAGGUCCCCCGACGUUGCGCUGCUCGAGGAGGUGGACUUUGCGGUGGAUGGAUCCAGGGGUCCGUUCUUCCCCGACAAUGUCCCGAUUCACAUCUGUCGGCUUGGGAGGAGGGGGUAA